CUCUGCCCUCAGCCAAGAUGGCGGCCGCCGUGGGCGCUGUCCCCGGCUCCGCCCCGCGGCCCCAGCCCCGCCUCCCCCUAGUCCCUCCCUCCGCCCCCUUGCCUAGCCGAGUCCGGCCCGAGGCGCUCGCGCUGGGAGAGCGGGCUCCGGGCGUUUGACAUGGCGGCAGCGACGGCUACUGCAGCGGCUAAAGGGAAUGGGGGCGGCAGUGGCCGGGCCGGGGCCGGGGACGCCAGCGGCACGCGGAAGAAGAAGGGCCCGGGGCCUCUGGCCACGGCGUACCUGGUCAUCUACAAUGUGGUGAUGACAGCGGGGUGGCUGGUUAUAGCAGUUGGUCUGGUCCGAGCAUACCUGGCUAAGGGUAGCUACCAUAGCCUUUAUUAUUCAAUUGAAAAGCCUUUGAAAUUCUUUCAAACUGGAGCCUUAUUGGAGGUUUUACAUUGUGCUAUAGGAAUUGUUCCAUCUUCUGUUGUCCUGACUUCUUUCCAGGUGAUGUCAAGAGUUUUUCUAAUAUGGGCAGUAACACACAGCGUCAAAGAGGUACAGACUGAAGACAGUGUCCUCCUGUUUGUUAUUGCCUGGACGAUCACGGAAAUCAUACGUUACUCCUUUUAUACGUUCAGUCUAUUAAACCAUCUGCCUUACCUCAUCAAAUGGGCCAGGUACACACUUUUCAUUGUGCUGUACCCAAUGGGAGUGUCAGGAGAACUGCUCACAAUAUACGCAGCUCUGCCCUUUGUCAGACAGGCUGGCCUGUAUUCCAUCAGUUUACCCAACAAAUACAAUUUCUCUUUUGACUACUAUGCAUUCCUGAUUCUAAUAAUGAUCUCCUACAUUCCAAUUUUUCCCCAGUUAUACUUCCACAUGAUACACCAGAGAAGAAAGGUCCUUUCUCAUACUGAAGAACACAAGAAAUUUGAAUAGUUCCUGCUUUCUGCACCUCCCACCAAAACAAACUUUUCAGUGAUCAAAAAAAUGCUGCAGACUUUUUGAGUUCCCAAUACAUAAGUAAGAACUAUUUUUAAAAUAUUCAAACAAAACAAAAAGAAAAAUCCAGUGUCACAUGGGCCUGAGAUUUUAUUUUAGAAAAAAGUUGUUACAUAAAACAUCCUAGCCAGUUCAUUUCAGCAUGCUCUUUCAAGCAGAAGUUCCUAAUACUUAUGAUGGCACUAGAAAGGGAUUUGGCAUUUUAUGUCCUCCUGUGUCCUUCAUGUGUCUGAUCAAUAAAGACCUGUAACACUAAGUACAGGAGAGUUACAGUGUGAGUAAUGCAGUUGUGCCAGCUGAAUGCCUGGCUUGCAGUAGAGUUCUGUUUCAGUCUGCAGUGUUUAGCAUUCCCUUUUCAAAGUGCUUGACUGCAUGCUGGAAACUAUGUGUAUUUUUGAAGCGGCAAACUCUGUUCUCUGGAAUGCUCUGAAGUUAUGGCUGGGACCUAUCCCCUCAUAUCUAAGGAAUGAAUUAUAAAAUGUAUAUGCCUAUGAAGCUUCGGGGUAGUGCCCAUAAUCAGAAAACUAGAACCCUUUUGUUUGUUUUCAGUUGAGUCAUUACUGCCUGCCACUAAGAAACGUGCUUGAAUCUACUAAGUAUGUGUAUAUUGUAAAGAAUAUAUCUUAUCUGGAGCUCAGCCUCAAUCAUAUCUUAACAAAAUGACAGUUCCUGGAAAGGGGAAGCUCAGUAGCUCGUAAGUGACAAGUCCCUUUCACAGCACCGUUCUCAGAGCACCUCUGAGCGUGUUUGCCGGUAGCUCUUCUCACUGAUGGCCCUGAAGAAGCCGAUCCAGUCACGUAGGAAUGGAGGCUCUGUUAUUGAAAGCACAUGGAAGAUGUUGCUUUAGAAAGGUAGUCAGGAAAAACAUUCAGGAAUAGGUUUAUACACCAUUAUUUUAUUUUUAAAUUUUCGUUGACUCUUCCGUUUGGAUACUUUUGCUAAUUAAGGCCCUAUGUUAAUUUCCACCAAGCUGUAAGUCUAUAGGCAGUAAAACAUUCCACUUGGGCUGUCGUGAGCUAAAAAGCAGUAUCAAUCUCCGCAUGUUGGUGCAGCCAAGAAAUAGUUUGUUCCUACCCACAUUGUCUAAUCCAUGCCGUAUCCUCACACGAUUUAAUUGCUCAACCAUGCAUAUAAAACUCCUCAAGAAAGGAUUGACACUACAACUGUGGAUAAACUAAAAAAAUAAAAAAAAAAAAAAAAUUUGGAUGAAAAUGUGAAAGCCCGAGCUUCGAUGUGCAUUAACUAUUAAAUAGCACAAUAUCUUCCUCAUGGAGCCUUUUUCCCUUUUGUUCCCCCUCUUUUUUUUUUUUUUUUUUUUUUUGGAUUGAUAUUGAUUUUGAAUACUUUAAAAGUUUAGCUUACUGAGGAGUAGUUGUCAUUUAAAAUAUAAUUGUGAACAUCAGAAAACUGUCAUACUGGAAAACUAAAUUUUUAAAUGCUUAUUUUUAUAGAAGUUUGAAAGUGAAAUGCAGGCAGGUGUGUAAUAAAUUAUUUUUGAAUUGAACAUUAAGAUUCUGCUUCGUAAGUCAGUACCCAACUUGGGCAUGUCGAAAUUAGAAUCUAUUCUUGUAUUUGAUAGGCAAAACAUGUGGGGAAGAUUUUUUCAAGCCUUUUCUCUUGUUUUAUUCUUCCAUAAUGUAUUUCUACUACAAAAAGAAUCAACUUGAAUUGUAUUUGUCAUAUUACUUUAUUCGGCCAGAUAUUUUCAGUUGUUUUUGGAAAAAUUCUAGAAGUCAAGAUAAAAAUGCAGCUUUUCCAUGGUUGAUGAACUGGGGGUUUUAUUUGGGCCUCUUUAUUAUAAUUUAUCACUGUUUAUGAAAAACAUUCUGUUGCAAACGGUAGUGUUGCAUUGAACUUUGGCAAUGAGAACACAGCACACAGCUCCCUUUUCAAAAAGGGUCUCAACCCCAGUGUGUAUUUUUGCACAUCAACAUUUAGAAUACUUAAUGGCAGAUAAGUAAGGCAUGUCACUGUGUCCUUCAGUAACCUCUUUCAGUAACUGGUUUCUUUAUCUCUAACAUGAAUUCAUUUCUCCUUUGAAGUCCUUUGUUCUUUUAUAAAUUGAGAACAACCAUACCACCAAAUGUCACAUCUUCUUAUAAAGUGUGAACAAGGAAUGUCAUGUUUUUGUGGGUAUUUUGUCAGACUUAGUGGUUUCAUUUCAGGGCACAGUCAAAGGCGUCAUCUUCCCAACUACCCACUUGAUUGUGUGUUUCAGAUCCCCCCGUGGGGGCCGCCUUCUGACAGAGAGAAUUCUUUGAGAUCAGCAGUAGUGCUUUUGCCAGCACAGGCUGCUAAUCUGCAUCUUGCUGCGUUCUGUUUGCUGAGGUUGGGCUCAUUCAUUUAACACGUACCAACCAUUAUCAGAGGCACCAUGGAGAGUUAGUCAGGGUAUAAAGCACUGUCCUUUAUUCCGUGAAUAAGAUGAAAAAGUUUCUCCAGAGCAGACUUCUGACAGGAAAGGUUUAGAUGCUGGAGAGUUGAAGAGGCAUAAGAAGAGAUCGUGCUCUCAUUUUUCACUUAUUUUUUUGGUUAUUCACUUAUAAUAAAAGGUUGGCAUUGAUGUGGUCCAACCUGCAAAUUACUUGCAUUUCUGAGUUUCAGAUAAAACAUUAUAAAAUAUUAAAUUCAAUACAUACUGCUCCUUUGAAAUUUGGGUAAAAAAAUUAUAUACAACCGUAUAUAUAGUCAUUUUUGUAUUUUUUCUAUGUUGUGAAACCAAAAUUGUAAUUUUAUAAGUCUUUGAUUCACUAAAAUUAUAUAAUUUAAAUGUAUUUUUUGUAUAUUUAGAAAUAAGGAGUUCAGAGACUAUGCUUAACUUUCUAUGCAUGCAUUUGAAAGCUGUUUUUACCUGAUAAUGUUAAUGUAGUAAUCAGUUGUAUUCAUAAAAUACUGAUCUGUGUUGCAUUUCAAAAUAAACUGGUGUGUGCUCUGCCUGGAUUUGAAAUACC